AUGAAUGGCCAAACGCAUUACGGUUUCGGCGUCGCAGGGAAUCCCCUGUUACCCGUUUCCGCGUUUUCGGCCUAUAACUUAUUGAGGAACUAUAAUCUGUUGGCGGCCCCAGCUCCAGAUGUUCAUCUAAAACCACUCAGAAGUCAAAAUUCCACUUCUGAUCUAGCAUUACAGUCUCCUUUGGUGGAAGAUCCAACAAUAUUUCCCUGUUCAGAAACAGAUAAAACAUACAUGAACUUACCUUCUAAACCCUUUCUCAGCUCACCUUUGUUCAAUUACCCACCUCACUUCCACGUCUUUCAAAGCGAUGAAUUAAAUUCUCCCAGUACUAAUUCAUCAUCAUCCAGUUCUGUAUUAUAUAAUGCAAAUUUCCGAAGGCAACGUGGCGAGAAAAAACCAAUCCCAGACGAACAGAAGGAUGAUAAAUAUUAUGAACGGAGAAGAAGAAAUAACCAGGCAGCCAAAAAAUCUAGAGAUGCGCGAAAAAUUAGAGAAGAUCAAGUUGCUUUAAAAGCAACGAUUCUAGAACACGAAAACGCAAUUUUGCGGGCACAAGUUUUAACGCUGAGAGAAGAAGCGUCUUCAUUACGGCAGAUGUUACUGCAAAAGAAGGCUUUAGAGUUGGCAUCCAGAGAAAAUCAAAUAUGCAUAACUUAA